UCGGGAAAGAACAGAACAUAUUUGAUCGCCGACAUACUCACAUUCACAUUCUCAUAUUUUCCAAACAGAAUCUGAGAUUCGAUCCGAAUACCCGAAACUGAAAACAGACCAAGGAAGAAGAACACUGCAUCAGACAAGGCGUGACUUAACGUUAUGGCAUUGCCAAAACGAUCCGGAACAAAGCGAAAACUGCAUGCUGAUGUUAAAGAUGCAUCAGAAUCUGAAAGUGAUGAUGUCUCAGAAAGCCUCUCUGACAUUGACGAUGCCGAGAUUGCUCCAUACCUUAACAACAAGAAGGAGGCAUUCUAUAAGCGCAUCAUUUGGGAAGCGAUGAACAAAGAUUUUGCUAAGGGAAAGAGCAGAAAACAAGCACGAACACCCAAGAAAGCUGCUCCUCCAAACAAGGCUGUGAAAACUUCUACUGAGAUGGAUGAUAGAAAGAGGCCGAGUUCAAAAAUCAACUACGAGGUCUUGAAGAAAUUAAAUGAAGAGGAUGGUAACCAUGGACCUGACUUUGAAGAAGGCAGCCAUAGUGAUAUGCAGCACUCAAAUGAGAAGUUAGAGAGUGAAGCACAAAGUUUCGGAGGCAGUUAUGACGAUGAGUUGGAUAAUGAAAAUGCAUAUAGUGAAGAGGUUGAAGGCAGACAAGGCUAUGAAGAUGAUGAUACAUGUUAUCCAAAUGAUGAUUAUAAUGAAUAUGGCUGUGACGACGACGAGUAUGGUUUUGAUGAAUUCUGACUCAGUUUUCAACUGUUGUAAUUUUUGUUGUUGUUGAAAUGAUUCAGUGUUUUCUUCGUGAUUGAGUUACAUUAUG